UAGUAUUUGGUCUGCAUUGUAGAACAAAAAGGCGCUAUUAAAAAUAUCCAGACACGAUGUCGAGGCUCUUACUAUCUGCACGAAGAUUAAUUCCGCAGCAAGAUUUUUUGCUUGCCGGCUCGUGCACAGCCACGCAAUCCCGUGGAAAGGCCUCUACCCCCAUGAACUCCAUUGUUAUGUUUGUACCCCAGCAAGAGGCGUGGGUAGUGGAGCGUAUGGGCCGGUUUCAUAGAAUCCUUGAUCCCGGUUUAAAUAUAUUAGUUCCCGUUAUGGAUAAAAUCAAAUAUGUACAAAGCUUGAAGGAAAUUGCGAUAGAUGUUCCAAAGCAGAGCGCCAUUACAUCUGACAACGUCACGCUUAGCAUUGACGGUGUGCUUUAUCUACGAAUCAUUGAUCCGUACAGAGCUUCUUAUGGCGUGGAAGACCCAGAGUUUGCCAUAACUCAACUUGCUCAGACGACAAUGCGGUCCGAGCUAGGCAAAAUGUCAUUAGAUAAAGUUUUUCGAGAAAGAGAAUCCCUGAACGUAAGCAUUGUUGAUUCUAUAAAUAAGGCGAGUGAAGCUUGGGGCAUUGCCUGUUUACGAUAUGAAAUAAGAGAUAUUCGUCUUCCUACACGAGUUCACGAGGCAAUGCAAAUGCAAGUAGAAGCCGAGAGGAGGAAAAGAGCUGCAAUCUUAGAGUCCGAAGGUGUUCGUGAAGCGGAAAUUAACAUCGCAGAAGGCAAACGGAAGUCCAGGAUUCUUGCAUCUGAAGCAGAACGGCAAGAGCAUAUAAACAAGGCAAGCGGUGAGGCUGCUGCUAUGAUUGCUGUCGCAGAUGCUAGGGCUCGUAGCUUGCAAGCAAUUGCAAAAUCAUUGGCACAUAUCGAUGGGAAAAACGCUGCUUCUUUAACGUUGGCUGAACAAUACAUCGAAGCAUUUAAAAAACUGGCAAAAUCAAACAAUACCAUGAUCUUGCCAUCAAAUCCAGGAGAUGUGACCGGAUUCGUGGCCCAAGCGCUUGCAGUGUACAAUCAGGUCUCCAAUUCAGCCCAGCACUCCAUCGAGUCUUCGUCCCAAGUGCCCAACUGCUUAGAUAAUAAAGUCGAUUUGAUUGAAGAAAAGAAAAGUGCAAAAAUGAAUGUUGAAUAAAAUGUGAACAAAAAAGUAGCAGUCACAUAUUUAACAUGAAAAGAU